AUGGAGGGCCAGGGCAAGAGUAAGGCUAAAGCGGCGAAAGCGGCGAAGGGGGGCUCUGGCAAGGCCAUCGUUCAGAAGGCAGAAGGAAAGGCCUUGAGGACAGAGCUCAAAGCUUUCGAAUAUGAGUAUGAAACUCCAGUGGGGGAAAAGAAGAAUAUCAGCGGUGCAUGGCCCAAGGCAUACAAUCCGUCUGUUAUUGAGAAAAGCUGGUAUGAGUGGUGGGAGGCUGCCGGCUUCUUCAGCCCGGAUAUGCAGAAGAACAUCCGAAGCAAGGACUCACGCUGCAAAUUCACCCUGCUGAUCCCUCCACCGAAUGUCACUGGGUCCCUACAUAUUGGCCACGCUCUCACUAAUUCCAUUCAAGACGCGCUUGUGCGGUGGUAUCGCAUGAUGGGGUACAGGACGUUGUACCUCCCCGGGCUUGAUCACGCUGGGAUAGCAACGCAGUCUGUCGUUGAGCGCAAUAUUAUGAAAACUGAGGGGAAAACACGACACGACCUUGGGCGAGAGCGGUUUUUGGAAAGAGCUUGGGCUUGGAAGGAGCAGUUCGGUGGGCGAAUUCUGUCUCAGCUGCGAAUUUUAGGCUCCAGCUUUGAUUGGUCCCGGUCUGUCUUCACGCUGGACCCAGCUCGCAGUAGAGUACAUAACGAGUCCUUCGUAAAGCUGUUCAAUAGGGGUCUUAUUUACCGUGAUUCUCGCUUAGUUAACUGGGACUGCUCUCUGCAGACUGCAGUCAGCGAUGUGGAAGUUGAGUACAUCGACCUGAAGCUCCCACGACAGCUUUCCGUCCGAAAUCACGAUCCUGGGAAGAGCUAUCCCUUUGGAUACCUGUGGCGUUUUUCUUACAAGGUCAUUCCGAGUUACCUUGCAGACAAGAGCGAAGCAGAUCUCCUGACCGCUUUUCAGAGCGGUGAGCUGAAGUUCGCUUGUCAGGACUGUGCUAAGUUCUACACCUCUUCUAUACUUCCACUUCUCGACAGCGAUUCUAUUGCAGAGGGUAGCCCGUCGCCUUAUGAGCUAUUACGCUUACAUCAAUGUGCGGAUCCGGGGUGCUUAUUUACGGCGGAGGAGUUAGUUGUAGCCACUACACGGCCUGAGACGAUUAUAGGAGACACUGCUGUUGCAGUUCAUCCCCGAGACCAUCGGUACACGGAUCUCCAUGGGAGGUGUCUUUUCCACCCUAUUCUGUUAGGAAAGAAGGUGCCCAUCGUGCUUGAUGAUGUUCUAGUUGACAUGGAGUAUGGUACUGGUUGUGUCAAGGUCACACCCGCUCACGAUCCUAACGAUUUUGAGUCUGGGCGUCGUAAUAAGCUAGAGUAUCUUCAGAUAUUUACUGACGAUGGGAGAAUUGUACAAAUGAUAGAAAGCACACACAACGGAAUUACCUACCACUUACCAGCUCGCUUUGCAGGAGUAAAGCGCUUCGAUGGGCGUUUGGAAAUGCUUUCUUAUCUUAAAGAAGCUGCGCUUUACAGAGGUCGUACCCCAAAUCCAAUGGUAAUUGGAACAUGUCAGAGGUCUGGUGACAUUUUGGAACCUAUGGUCAAACCACAGUGGUACCUGAACUGUGAACAGAUGGCCCAACGGGCCCUUAAUGCAGUCUAUGCUCCGCCGUCGGAAGCAGAGCGGCUGCUCAUUGUUCCCGAGAUGCACAAGGACACCUGGAAGUCAUAUCUGGCUAAUAUAAGACCGUGGUGUAUUUCUCGUCAACUGUGGUGGGGACACAGGAUUCCGUGCUACAAGUUUUGGUUUGGAGACAAUCCAGAGCCAUCUGGCGACAAAACUGAGCACUGGGUGGCAGCAUGUUCAGAGGAGGAGGCGCGGAGAAUUAUUACCAAGAAGCACUUGGACGUACAGGGUCAGCUCCAUCUCAAGCAGGACGAUGACGUAACCGACACGUGGUUUUCAUCGGGGCUCUUCCCCUUCUCAUGCUUUGCGGACAGUGAGCGAGACUUUUCCAGGUACUACCCCGGGUCUGUUCUGGAGACAGGUAACGAUAUCAUCUUCUUCUGGGUGGCUCGGAUGGUCAUGCUCAGUCUCGAACUCUACAAUGUCCUUCCUUUCAGGGAGGUGUACCUCCAUGCCCUUGUUCGGGAUGCUCACGGGGCAAAAAUGUCGAAGUCUAAGGGUAACGUUGUUGAUCCGAUAGACGUGAUCAAGGGAAUUACUCUUCAAGAGAUGGGAGAUAAGGUGCGCGCCACAAACCUGCCACCAAAGGAGAUUGAGCGUGCCCUCGAACUCCAGAGCAAGGAUUUUCCGAUUGGAAUUCCAGAGUGCGGGACAGAUGCGCUUCGGUUUGCAUUGUGCGCGUAUACUGGUCAAGGCCGAUCUAUCAACCUAGAUGUUAACAAGAUAGUCGCUUAUAGGAAUUUCUGCAAUAAGAUCUUCAACGCUGUUAAGUUUGGGUGCUACUUUAGUGGGAUAUGUGAUGUGCUCGAUGUGGACACUGGAGCUACAAACGCUUGUGGCCGGUUUUGGCAGAGCAACAUCCGUCAUUACGAAGAUUUUAAUGAUUUCAUCAUGAGGGUUUAUCGCACAACUCUAUCCGCUCGUACGUUUAAAACUACAGCAGCUACUGUGGGCGAACUGGACCCCACAGCUGCUUACACUACCAAUGAUCCUAACGACAUCUAUACCCCGUGCACUCAGUCUGAAGAUCAUCAGUCAAUUGUUGCAGCAAGAUGGAUUCUCUCGCGGCUUUACAAUACAGUACGCACAGUGACGAAGAGCUUCCGCGAAUUCCGAAUCGCCGAUGCAUGCACUGCAAUCUAUACCUUCUGGUAUGAUGACCUAUGCGAUGUCUUUUUGGAACUUGUUAAACCUAUAAUUGCGUCGAUGUCCGCGGAACCAAAGCGCCUUGAUGCGCACGCAGAGAUCAUGCGGAUGGUCUACUUCUGUUGCAUCGAUCAAGGUCUCCGUCUCCUGCACCCGUUUAUGCCAUUCUUGUCAGAGGAGCUCUUUCAACACCUUCCUCGCUGGUCCAAGGAGGAGGGCCUUGAAACACUGAUGUACGCAGAGUAUCCUACCAGCUACGGUGCCCACCACUUCGUCACCUUUGGAUCAAAGCAUGAGCUACUAGGUGAGGAGCUAUCUAGGGACGAGCAGAAGAAGGUGGAGGGCACAAGCAUUUACAGACUGUCUUCAGUCCUACGUGACCGUGCUGCAGAGGAGAUGGUUGCUCACCUCAAGCCGUUGAUGACUGCUGCAAGGGCGCUUCGGGGCCAGUAUAACAUCAAGCCAUCGUCAACUCCUCGCUAUUACAUUGCAUGUGACAAGAGUGACGAGCACUAUAAGCACAUCAUGGACGGGUACUAUGUGAUUAAGACCCUGUGCAAUAUGAGGCAGCUGGACAUCGUCUCCCCUAAGGUCAAGUUCUCUAACUGUGGGUGCACCGUGUUAUCGGCAACGCUCCUUAUUUACAUGGACCUUCGCGGUCUUAUUGAUGUGGAGCAAGAGCUCUCAAAGGUCAGCAAGGAGAUGGAGCAGAUCCGCACGCAGAUUGAGAAGCUGGACAAGCUAAUGAAGGGGUCAAAUUACGACCGAAUGCCAGAGCACUUGAGGAAGCAAAAUGACGAAAAGAUGGCCGGCUUCUUGGCCAAGUUACUACAGCUGGAGGAGCUUGCAGCAAGCUACCAGGCUAUGAAGGAGGUUGAGUAA